CAAAUCCAUCAUCGUUGCCGGCGGUACGGAGUACUCUUUUAUCCUGUAAAACAUAAACAUAUUUCAUCGCAGACGUCCAGACAAAUCCCCAGCGCCUCAAUAAGCACGCCAUUCUCAUCAUUGGCACGGUCAGAUGGCAUAUCAACUCAUUAUAAGAGGUCAAAGGCGAGCACGGAUACGUUAACAUCCAUUUUGCCUUCUUCACACUCAUCGAUGAGCAUUGGUGGAGGAGCACCGACAAACGGGCUACUGCCAGGUGACGGAAUUACCACUUUAACGCCACCUGUAAGCGCGGGCCGGACUUUCGACCCUUCAAAUAGUGAUUCCACUGCGAGCGUCUCGUCAGAUACUAGUCCUUCACCUCCUAGUGACGAAUCUUGGCCUAGUCCAAGAGAUCUUACCUCAAUAAAACUGCCGAGAUCGCUGCCUUCGGUCAUAUUUGCCUUACCUUCAUCCACAUCUAUCCCGCCACCUUUGACUAUACCGACUUCGCCACAAUUAAUGAUACCGACUUCGCCAAGUAUUAAUUUAUCCAUACUCACUUCGCUACUUUCAUCUAUACUCAGCUCGCCACCUUCGUCCAUACCAACUUCUCUACCAUUUAUACCGGAAACAUUGACCACUAGAACCUCUUCUCCAUCUACAACGUCGGUCACGAAUCUUUCCACUCCGGGCCAAGAAACAUCCAGCCAACAGUCAACUUCAGACAAUCCCCAAAACGUUACUCCGCAAUCCUCGCAGACUAGUUCCUCUGAUUCACCAACUCCCGCGUUACCAACCACGUUCCCCGGAGGCUCUCCAACAACAGUGCCAGGUGCACAAUCUUCCCAUAUCCCGCAAUCUCCGUGUGGAAGCUCUGUGAACAUUCCAAUUACAACUGGGAAUGAUUUCACAGUCUCAUCCACAUAUUCACCUACGCCCUCUGGCGGUCCCGUAGGCAACCCGUCUUCUACUACUCUUCACUCGCCGUAAGUCCUUAGAGCUAUGACCGAAAGGUGUUGACCUUAUUGUGUGAUUCUAAGCUUCACCGGAGUUGCAAAAAAU